AUGCGCCUGGGCUUUGGGUGUUUGGAGCCGAAAGCUGCCAAAUUCUUCCACUCGUACGGACUGCUCGUCGCCGGAUACCCGUUCAUCUUCCUGAUCACUCCCAUACUGACCACUUGCUUUCUGGCCACAGGUACCUUCAGCGUUCGCCAAUCAAAAUGACCCAUUUACCCCACACACUUUUGGGCUGUCAAUCAAAUAUUAUCUGUUGACGAGUGUACUUUAUCACUCGCAACACAAGAUACGGAUAAGAAUGAUCUUUUGCGCGGGGGGCGGGCGCGUUACUGCGCCACGGUCUCCAGAGCUUUUGGGGUUAUUCAGGCUGUGAAAAAAUGAUUGUUUUCCGUUUUUUUUACGCCAAAAAAUGCAAUUCAGCGAUGUAAAAAAAACGGAAAACAAACAUACGCUGAAUAGCCCCAUUACAAUGGGCGCAAGUGCGCCCCGCCCAAUAGAGCGAUAGAUUGGCGCGAAAUUCAAAUUUUAACAGCGCAAAAUUUGUGUUUUUUGCGAGAUUAGCCACAAAAAAUCGAUAAUUUCUCAAUUGUCUCUCGAUACACCGAUUGUAUAGGCUAUUACGAAUUUUUUAAGCGCAAGAGCGUUAAAUUUGGUCAAAUCGCAAAUCAAAUUUAUCCGUUUGAAGGUUUUUGGCUAAAACUGCGUGAAUUUCAGUUGCUUUUCGGUAGUUUUCGCGGUCCUAGCGCUCAAAAUGCUUGUAUUUACGUGAUUUAUCAUUCUCAAAACCGAUUCUGUCUGAAAACGGUCAAGAAAGCGCAAAAUGAGAAGUGCGGUUUUUAGGCGGCGAAGGCGAAAAAGCAAAGUCUGCGAAAAAUGCGCCAAAACGUCGUUAAUUCUGUGAGAAUUAGUGUGUUUUCAUGUCGAACAAUCAUUUUUCAUCGCCGUUGACGACAAAAAUCAGAGAAAAAAACACGUGUGUUCAGGACUGUUCGGUCUGAAGCCAAUCAGCGACGCCCUCUACCUCUACACGCCCACAGAUGCGCCCAGUAAAGUACGCUUUCAGCAUUGACCUAAAUUAACGCUCAUCUCCGCCGAAUUUGAUUUUCAGACAGAACGGCGGAUAAUUCACGACGCGUGGCCCCUCGUCGACGGUACUUUUGUGGCCGGACGGGCGGUGACACAGUCCCGAGAAGUUCAGGUACGAUUUUGAGCCACUUGCAGCGAUCGGAUCGGGUCCAGAUUUUGCAGAAUUGUUGGGCAUGGAUUCAAGUAUGUUGGGUCCAAGUUUCAGCUCGAUCGGAUCUCCUGGGCCCGAGAUAUGUGGAUCAGAGCCCGAAAAGGUCGUAUCUCGGGACCAGAUGAUCGGAUCGAUCUGAAACUUGGACCCAGAAAACUUCAAUCCGGAUCCAAAAAGUCUGCAAAGUUUUGACCCAAUUCGAUCAUUGCAAGUGGGUCAAAAUUAGCCAAAUUGCAGGUAGCUGUGGUCGCAAAAAACGAUGGAAACAUACUGGAAAAAAUGUUUUCCGACGAGUUGAAGGCCAUGGAGAAGUUUAUUCGCAAUAAUAUUACGGUAAGUGCUUUAAAAAAGUACCGUAAUCUCGAGUACCGGGCUGCAGGUCGAAUUCAACAACCGCACAUGGUCCUUCUCGGAUCUGUGCCUAUCGGGACCGGACGGUCGAUGCGCCAACAACGACCACAUUCAACUGGUGUCCCGACUGUUCCAUCACGGAAUCAACAUCACCUAUCCGACGGUCAGACUUGGCGAUAAGUACGUUUUUUGUUUGGCCGACGCCUAUGCACCUUGAUGAUGUAAACUAUCCAGAAGUGCGUACAUCGCGUCGGCACUGGGCGGUGUCAAAUUGGCGAAAGGCGACGAGGGCGAGAAUCUCAUUGUCGCCGCGUCCGCGUGGCUUUUCAUUUAUCAAAUGAAAUUCUAUCCGAAUCAAAUUUCCUACGUCUCGGGCCUGUGGGAGAGGGUGAGUGCCAGCGAAGUGGCCUUUAAAAACAAAAAACAAAAAAAAACAAGUUUUCAGGAGUUCAAAAACCGAAUGGACGAGUACAAAACGCGUGCCAAGUACAUUUCGAUCACCUAUUUUCACUCGCAAACCCUCUCCGACGAACUGCAGCGAAACGCCGAACGUUUGGCGCCAAAGUGAGAAGGGAAACGCGCCAGCAAACAAAAAAAAAUGUUCACUGGCGCACUUUUCGUGCCUUGACGCUGUUUUUGCAGAUUCGUCGGCGCAUUUGUGAUCUUGGUCGUAUUUUCGGUGUUCUGCUCGAUCGUCACAAUCAAAGGAUCCGGAUACAUUGACUGGGUCGUCACCAAACCGAUUCUAUCGGUCUUAGGUAACUUUUGUUUCGGGCCAUUCUUGAAGUUCAGUUUUUUGCAGGAGUCUCGAACGCCGGAAUGGGAAUCGCCAGCGCGAUGGGACUUUUGAUCUAUUUGGACAUUCAGUACAACGACAUCAUCGCCGUCAUGCCGUUUUUGGUCGUCGCCGUGGGGACGGACAACAUGUUCCUGAUGGUUGCGAGUCUGAAGCGGACGGAUCGCAACCUGAAAUACGAUCAGAGGAUCGCCGAGUGUAUGGCCGACGCGGCCGUCUCGAUUCUGAUCACCGCUAUGACGGGUUAGUUCGAUUAUCGAAAUCUCGAGAGAGGGAGUUUGGUGAGGUUGCUGAAAGCUGUGAUUUAGGCAUUUUCGGGCUUUCCGGGCCUACAAUUCUUGGCAUCACUUUUAGGCCGAAACUAUCUGGUAGCAAAGUGGGUCACGUUUUGCGUCAUGAAGGUUUCAAAAAUCAUAGUGCGCCACACGGUCUCCAGAGCUGACAAUAUGGGCGUGGCCUCGGGCAAAUGGCGUUUUCAUGAAUUGAGCAGGGUUUUCUCUGAUUUUUGUGAUCAACGGCGAUGAAAAAUGAUUGUUCGACAUGAAAACACACUAAUUCUCACAGAAUUAAUGACGUUUUGGCGCAUUUUCCGCGGACUGCUUUUUCGCCUUCGCCGCCUAAAAACCGCACUUCUCAUUCUGCGCUUUCUUGACCGUUUUCAGACAGAAUUGGUUUUGAGAAUGAUAAAUCACGUAAAUACAAGCAUUUUGAGCGCUCGAACCGCGGAAACUACCAAAAAGCAACUGAAAUUCACGCAAUUUUAGCCAAAAACAUUCAAACGGAUAAAUGUGAUUUGCGACUUGACCAAAUUUAACGCUCUUGCGCUUGAAAAAUUCGUAAUAGCCUAUACAAUGGGUCUAUCGAAAGACAAAUCAGAAAUUAUCGGUUUUUCGUGGCCAAUCUGGCGGAAAACACAAAUUUUGCUGUUAAAAUUUGAAUUUCGCGCCAAUGUAUCGCUCUAUUGAGCGGGGCGCACUUGCGCCCAUUGUAAGCUCUGGAGACCGUGCGCCAGUCUUGCAAAAUGAGAUAUUUCGGUCUGAAGCCUAAACCUUCAGGCCGGAUUUAGGCCGAAAGGGGAAACCUCGUCAAAUUUCCUGAAAAUUUCAAAAAAAAAACAUAAUUUCCUUCUUUUCAGACGCGCUCUCGUUCGGCGUCGGCACCAUCACCACAAUUCCGGCGGUGCAAAUCUUCUGCAUCUACACAAUGGUCGCUCUUCUCCUCACUUUCGCCUACCAACUCACCUUCUUCUGUGCGAUUCUGGCGAUUUACACGAAAAUCGAAGAGCAAGGCCUUCACAGUAUUUGGCUCCGUCCGGCCGUCACCUACUCGUCGACGUCUCCGCUCAACGUCAAGCUAUUCUGGCUUGGCUCAAGGCCCGAAGCGCCCAAAAAUGUGUCGUGCGGCACCAUCUCGUCGGCGUCGAGUGUGAGCAGCAGUGCGAGUAUUGUCUCCUCGAAAACCGCCCAUCACUGCACUGCCACGUCGUUUUUCCGAAACUGGUACGCGCCCGUCCUUAUGCAACCGUGGAUCCGGGCGAUCGCCGGCGUCUGGUAUCUCAUCUACCUGGCCCUGUCGAUUUACGGGUGCGCGCACUUGAAAGAGGGCUUGGAGCCGGCGAAUCUACUUGUGGACGACUCGUACGCGACACCCCACUACCGGACACUCGAAAAACACUAUUGGCACUACGGAGCCAGUCUUCAGAUUGUCGUCAACAACGCGCCGGACCUCAGAGACCCGGCCGAACGCAUAAAUAUGGAUAAAAUGGUGGGUAAUGUCCAGGCAAUUCGACGAGGUUUUGACAUACAACAUGACCUGGCGCUCUGUUGAGAAACUCUUUUUGCAGUGCAAAUUGGAGUCCGUGACAAAAGGUCGGAAUGACAAAAGGUCGGAAAAAAUGCCAAAAGAUCGGAAUGACAAAAGGUCGAAAAAAAUGCCAAAAGGUUAGAAAAAAAUGCCAAAAGAUCGGAAAAAAAGUGACAAAAGAUCGGAAAAAAACGACAAAAUGUCGGCAAAAAUGCCGAAAGGUCUGAAAAAUAUUACAAAAAGUCAGAAAACGGUAUUUUAGCAGUUUUCCCACCUUUUUGAAUUUUUUUGCGACCUUUUGUCACUUUUUUCCGACCUUUUGUCAUUUUUUUUCCGACCUUUUGUCAUUUUUUUUCCGACCUUUUGUCAUUUUUUUUCCGACCUUUUGGCUUUCCGACCUUUUGUCUUCCGAUUUUGUCACGGACUCGCAAAUUGAGCGACCUCGGGGCCGAGUUUGAAAAGUUAGGCCAUGUUUUCAGUGGAAAAUUACUUCGCGGCCUAGAAUUUCGGCCAAAUUGCGAACAGCGCGCCCUUUCUGUCCGGUGCCCCAAUAAUACUUUGCUUCCGAGCACUUUUGGCCAAAAUCCGGCCUGAAUUUUCAGGCUUUUAGGCCGUAAUUUCAAAUUGGGCAAGCCGGGCCAUGUUUUAUGUCAAAACGUUGCAAAUUUCACAGAGAUUGCGAAAAUCCAAAUGCGAACCCUUGAUUUUUAGGCCUCCGCGUUUGCCAACUGCAAAACCGCGAUCGGAGACGAGGGCGUUCAGUUUUGGCUCCGUGAAAUGCAAGUGUCGGAGGAAAUACACAAAAUAGAGUAUGCGAAUGAGGUAAGGCAACACUUUUUCCGGAAAAAUUGACGAAAAACGGUGUGCAGAAGUUCUACUCGCACGCCGCCCAAUACAUCUACUCGGACAUGUCGCAACCGUGGGUCGUCGACGUGGUCUGGGGCAAAAACAACGCGUCGGAGCGCUUCAUCAAAACGUUUCGAUUCAUGAUCGGAAUGCGCGACAUUUCGACGACGACGAAGCAGACCGAGGCGACGAACACUUUUCGAGAGGUACAAACCUUUCGGUGCGACAAUAUUAACACACAUUUUCCGCCCAGAUCGCCUCACGAUUCGAGCGCUACAAUGUGACCACCUACAUGCCAUUGUGGCUUUUCACCGAUCAAUACGCACUUGUAGUGCCGAAUACGGUAAUUUCUCAAUUUAAUUGUAUACAUUUUGCGCCUAACGCUGAAUUUCAGAUGCAAGACAUAGUGGUGGCGGUCGCGUGUAUGCUCAUCAUCUCGGCACUCUUGAUCCCACAGCCGGUUUGCUCGUUUUGGGUCGCCGUGACGAUCGCGUCCAUCGAUUUGGGCGUUUUGGGCUUUAUGACACUGUGGGACGUGAAUUUGGUGAGUGAUUUCUCGAAAUCGCCAUGAAAAUUGAUGAGAUUUGACAUACAACAUGACCUACUCGCGGAAAAUUGAGUUUUAGGCCCGGUCUGGGCUUUUGUUCGGCUUUCUAGCAGAGUUGAGCGGAAGAACUCAACGGAAGAACACGGAAGAAUUUUUUUUUAUCUUUUUUAGAAAAUUUUUUCAUGGAAUGUGAUCAACAGACGAAAUGUAUAGCAAAGUGAACUCUGCUUAUAAAAAAAUAAUUGUAAAUUUAACUUUUCAUACAAAAAAGUUAUUCCUUCCGUCUUCCGUUAGCCCCCUUUUUCACGGAACAACUCGAAUAACUUUUUUGUAUGAAAAGCUAAGUGUACAAUUAUUUUUUUAUGAGCAGAGUUCACUUUGCUAUACAUUUCGUCAGUUGAUCACAUUCCAUGAAAAAAAAAAUUCUAAAAAAGAUAAAAAAAAAUUCUUCCGUGUUCUUCCGUUGAGUUCUUCCGCUCAACUCUGCUUUCUAGGCUUUCUAGGCCAAAAACUAUUUUUUGUCAAUUUUGUACCCGUAUAAACAAAUGUUUUCAGGACGCCAUCUCCAUGAUAACCAUCAUCAUGUCGGUCGGUUUUUCGGUCGACUACUCGGCGCACAUCACCUACGCCUACGUGAUUUCCAAAGAGACCACGACGACGAAACGUGUUUGUGACGCACUCGGAGAUCUCGGUUGGCCGGUGGCACAAGGUUUUUUGUGGAUUUUUCGCCGAAAACGUUAAAAUUCCGUUCCAGGCGCCAUGUCGACGAUAUUGGCGGUUUCCGUGUUGUCCGACGUCGGCGCCUACAUGAUUGUCACCUUUUUCAAGACGGUCUUUCUCGCAAUCUCCAUCGGAUUUCUGCACGGACUCGUCUUUCUACCCCUCAUGCUCUCGGUCUUCGUCGGGUGUUGUGGCCCGAAAACAGUCGAAAGCGUACGGGUCGCAAAGCCCGCGUUUGUAGGCCGAUAUUGA